CAACGCCCUGCCUCACUGACUUUCGGGGAGUAGUAAGUUCCGGGUUCCUUUGACUGAAAGCUGUUCUGUUAUUACGAGGUUCGCCCGCGUUGAUAAUGGCUUUAUUACUGGAUAACGAAUUCAAAGAGUUACCUGCUGACAAAACGCUCGACACGAAGUUAUUCCUGGAGUCGGUGUCCCAUCUCCCCCCUUUCUUCGAUUGUUUGGGAUCUAAAGUAUUUUCACCUAUCAAAUCGGACAUUAGUGGAAACAUAACGAAAAUCAGGGGAGUUUAUGAGAAGGACCCGGUGAAAUAUGCCACGCUCCAGAAGAUUCUAGAAGCAGAGAAAGAAGAAUAUGGGACGGAAUGGCCCAAAGUUGGAGCAACUUUAGCACUCAUGUGGCUAAAGAGGGGUCUCCGUUUCAUCCAGAUCCUGUUGCAGAGUUUGGCAGACGGGGAGAAAGAUGAGACCAACCCCAACCUCAUCCGCGUCAACAUCACCAGGGCGUACGAAGAGACACUCAAGAGGUACCAUGGCUGGAUUGUCCAGCAGAUCUUCAAGACGGCAUUGAUUGCUGCGCCCUACAAGUCGGACUUCCUCAAGGCUGUGUCGAAGGGUGAGGUGAUCCAGGAGGAGGCGUGUCUGGUGAACCUGCGGCAGUUCCUGGUCAACUACACCGCCACGGUGGACGCCAUUUACGACAUGUACACAGCGCUGAACGCCGAGCUGGACUACAGUGUUUGAUGCCAUCACGAGACACUACCACAGGACUCUACCUCCUGGUCCUGUCUGUGACCACUCUGAUUGGUUCCUGAAUCCGCCCUGGUUUUGCAGCGUGCUGUAAAGCGUUCGAUAAGCCCUCUAAAAGGUGUCAGAACAUUCUGGUCUUCUUAUCUUCUUUUUAUUUAACAAUCAAAGAAGGAGUAUUUAUUGUUUGAAGUCUUUGCUCUAAUAAUGAAUAUAUGCUUCUUAAAAGAAACGUGUGCCUUUGACCAUUGAAGUCCGAAAUUACAGAAACUUUUACAACGGAAACAACAAUGCUACAGCAUUCCUGUUGCUAGAUGUCAAUGUGUGCUGAUUCAGUUGGGUGACAAGAGCAUUGUAGGCUUAUAUUGAGAUCUUAGAGUUAAAAAAUUAACUUAACAAAACAUACAUAUUUAGUGUAUUUUGCUUCAAAGCAGAAACCCUUGCCUCACUAUAGAUGACGAUGACGAUUGAGUCAUUAGGGCAUUACAACUCACUAUUUAUGCAGAACUGUCCACACUAUUUAGUGGAGACAACCUCUUCUAUUUCUCUUUAAUUUAAUGUCACCUAGAACCUGUCAGUCUACAUCAGUAGGAUCUUUAUCUGCCAUCUGCAUUUUUGCAGACAAAGCACAAAUUACUAGAAUUUCCACUGCUGCUUGGGCAUGCAUAUUUCUGAACGGUUUGUGAUGUGUCUCAGGCAAGAAGGCGUGUUUUCGAUUAGUCAGGGUUUCCUGCAUCCCUUUCUGACAUUAUGUUUCAAUGACGUGUUUCGCACACCGAGGAGAAAAAGCACAGAAGGAUAGGAAAUCGAAUUUAUAUUGUUUUUAGAAGAUGGUUUUGAGUGCAUAAAAUAAAUGACGAAAAGUAAACUGAUCAAAUAAUGGUAUUUAAAAAUGUCUCAGUAGGCAUACACUACAUUUAAAUAAUGUUUUUGUUGUACAUUGCUCAUCCAAUACAAACUAACGGGAUCUUCAGGGUGUAGGCCCAUUCUGUCCACUAGGCGGAGACACUUGCUUACUUUGGUAUGUAAGUCAAUAUCUGCGGUUCCUAGAAAGUCGGCAGGGAUCAUGCUCUCAUGUCUUUUUGUUUGUGAUUCUUGUGUGGUUUUUAAUAAAUAUAUUUUCAAAGCUA